GAAUCCCAUUGAGUCAGAAGGAGCCAUAAAGAUUCCAAGCUGCCAUAAAAAGCCAUUAAGACGUGUGGAUGCGGGACGUCUGCUGGCCGACAUGAAAAGGAUUCCGGCUCUGCUCUUCGCUCAGCUGCAGAUCGGUUCAGUGUUUGCACUGGUCUGCCUGUCUCACUCAAGAGGGUCAGACAAAAAAACUCCCAGCAGACCAGGAAGCACUUAAUUUUUACAACCCCCAUUUCCACUAAGGCACUCACUUAUCUGGGAUUAGUGUAACGUUCACAAACCUGAACACAGAAGAUCUGAAAAAUGACCCGAGACCUGGCUUCAGGAGAAACUGUAACUUUUUCUUGACAGGAGAAGCUGUCAAGUGUUACUUUUAUCAUGUGAAGAAAAGACUUGGCAGUGAGAAGAACGUUGAGACUGAAAGCCCUCACAGCCCAUGAAGGAUCGCAUUACUGCCAGGAGGCUGCAGGGCGUCACCUCCAGGCAGGAGGAGGUGAUGAGAUGCAACUGCAGACACUGGAAGGUCAGAUUUAUCUCAUACUGGAUGUAAAAGCACUGCUGGAACGCGCAGACGUCUGCGUUUCUAUUGGCUGCGCGCAGCGUCGCUCAGAGGAAUGACGAUUUUUGCUGCUAUAACCAGCUGAUGCUGAGGCUAUGUGACCACGGAGCCUCUGAAGAACUGUUGACGGUACAAUCGGCGCUAUGCCUGCGGAUUCGCUCUCGUCUCCAUCCAGGGACUGAGUGAGUAAGGAUAUUUGAUCGUGUCACGACGCACAGGCCCGGGCUUUUUCACCCCCGUGUCGCUCCACAUGAUGUUUCUUCGUCUUCCCACAUCAUAAUUUUCAUGGGCAUGAUGCUGUGCGCUUCACAGAUUGAGCUUUCUCACCUCACACAGGCGACACAUCACAUCUGCAGGUACAACCGCGUAGAGGUUUGGAUAUAAGAGGGAGACGGACAACCUCAAGACAUGGAAUAAAGGGAGUUCGGAGAUAACUGGAACGACUUGAGUCAGACCCAUAAAUAACAAAAACUGACAUUAAAAAAACAACAUAAGGCUGAAAGAGAACUGUAGAGUGAGGAAGAGAGAAAAGGUUGUGAAGAUGGGGUGUGGUCAGACGACGUUCCUCCUGGACUCUACAGUUCACUCCGUCAGCCGCCGGUCAGAGCAGGAGUCUCCUCGCUGAAACCCCGAGCAGCUCAUUUCGCCUGCUGGAGGAGCCCCCGCCCUCGGUGAUGUGAUGAAUAAGUUUGAAGUCCUUGGCAUUGUGGGAGAAGGAGCGUAUGGAGUGGUGCUUAAGUGCAGGCAUAAGGAAACCAAUGAGCUGGUGGCCAUUAAGAAGUUCAAAGACAGUGAAGAAAAUGAGGAGGUCAAAGAGACGACGCUUCGGGAGCUGAAGAUGCUUCGGACGCUGAAGCAGGACAACAUCGUGGAGCUGAAAGAGGCUUUCCGCAGGAGGGGGAAACUCUACCUGGUCUUUGAAUAUGUCGAGAGGAACAUGCUGGAACUUUUGGAGGAGCUGCCCAACGGCGCACCACCUGAUAAAGUGCGCAGCUACAUCUAUCAGCUCAUCAAAGCCAUCAACUGGUGUCACACAAAUGAGAUAGUACACAGAGACAUCAAGCCAGAAAACCUCCUUAUCAGCUCGGAGGAUGUACUCAAACUAUGUGACUUUGGUUUCGCUCGUAACCUGUCUGAAGGGACAGAUGCCAAUUACACUGAGUAUGUGGCUACAAGGUGGUACCGCUCGCCUGAGCUGCUGCUGGGGGCUCCCUAUGGGAAGGCGGUGGACAUGUGGUCAGUGGGGUGUAUCCUCGGGGAGCUGAGUGACGGGCAGCCCUUGUUUCCAGGGGAGAGUGAGAUAGAUCAGCUCUUCACCAUUCAGAAGGUUUUGGGGCCACUUCCUGCAGAGCAGAUGAAACUCUUCUACAACAACCCUCGCUUUCAUGGAAUCAGGUUUCCCUCAGUUACUCAUCCUCAGACUUUGGAGAGAAGGUACCAAGGCAUCUUGUCUGGUUUGAUGUUGGAUCUGAUGAAGAACUUGUUGCUGCUAAACCCCACUGAGCGUUAUCUGACGGAGCAGAGUCUGAACCAUCCGGCCUUCCAGCCUCUGAGGCAGGCGGAGAGAGAGAGGCCUCCUCCUGCGUCUCCCAACCCGCCACGCUCCUCCAAGAGGAAAACACACCAUCAUGGAGAGAACACAGUCCCCACCAGGAGUCACACGAAGAGUACGAGCCGUCGCUCGAACAGCAAAGAGUGUUCCAGCCUCCCUCGACAUGGGGACCUCCACCACCUCAGCAACAAGAGUUUCCUCAACGGUAACAAACCAAACCCGUCCAGUUUGAGUCCCACGCUCCACCCCAAAGCCCAGUACAUGUCCCAGACCCUCAAUCGCUCCGCCUCAUCCAACAAAGACCUGGCUAACAACAACCUGCCGCACCUUCUCAGCCCCAAAGAAGUCAAAGGCAAGACAGAGUUCGAUUUCAACUUGGGACCGUCCCCAAAGCUGUCCGACCAGGGGCACGGGGCAAAGUACGGCCACAGCAAACCCAGCUCGUCUCGCUCUCAGCAGCAGCAGCAACAGCAGCAGCAGCAGCAGCAGCAGGCCAGCCGCCACACCUUCCUGGAAGGCAAGACCAACACACUGCAGUCUGGAGCGGAGAAGCAACAUGGCAGACACGCCCACAGUAUGGCCGACUCUGCCCACGGAUCCAUGUCCUCCUCUUCGAAGAGUUCAGCCUCUUAUCUCAGCCUGUCAAAGAGCCACAGCGCGCUGAGUGACGCCAAAUCUGUCGGGAACCUCAGCGACGGUCGACUCCAUCCUGAUGACCCAAACGCCAACACCACGGCAGGAGUGGGACCAGGGGCCCGCUUCUUCCCUGCCAGCUGUUUAGACCUCAACGCCCCCUCGGGUCCCCAGGGGCCUCCCGGCAGCCCCUCGGCUCGACACAGCGAUCGAUCCGGCCACAGCCCCGCCUCUCGUAGCAGCGGUAAUGUCCGCAUGGAGAGCAGCACGUUGGACUCCUCAUCCAGACACAAAUCCAGACAUAAACCUCUGGCACCAGAGGAGGCCGGUGCUCCGGAGCUCUUAGACCCGGGGGGGAUGCCCUCCACUCACACUUUGCCUUCCCCACACGAGUCUUAUCAUUACGGCCUGGGCUACACCUCCCCCUUCUCCUCUCAGCAACGGCCCCAACGCCACUCUAUGUACGUGCGGAGGGAGCGCCACCGACCACACGGGAUCGAGAGUGGGAUGCAGGGCUUGCCUCCACCGGGGCAGGCGAUACCGACACGUGCCAGUAGCCUGCAGCUCUUGUCCCCCCAGCUGCAGCACCGGACCACCCUCACCGGACACUCAGUGAGCUCCUCCAGAGAGGACUGCACCGACGACAUGACGAGGAGUGAGCAGUCCCCUAAAGACAUGAGCCACCCUUGUGCCCCCAUCAAAGACUCUACGAGGGACAACACUGCUGCUUUUCAUACACAGCGCUCUAAAAACGAGGUCGGCAUGUAUCAUGACCCUCAUGUUGAGGACGGAGGUUCCUCCAAGGAGAACCGGAUGAUCUUCACUGAGUCCAUGCCUCGGAGAGUCGGCAGCUUCUACAGAGUCCCCUCCCCAAGACCAGACAACUCCUCUUCUUUCCAUGACGGAGUCGGGCAGAGUCGAGGGCCGAGCGUACCCGUUGUACCUGGAGACCCUGUUGCCAUGGUCAACCACUCCAAACGGCAGACGGCUUUUGACUGGACCGCUGCAGAAGCAAUGGUUAUGAAUCCUCCGGAGCCCGCCAAAGAAAAGGAGAAACAAGGCUUCUUCAGAGCCAUGAAAAAGAAAAAGAAGAAGACACAAAUAACGGACAUGGAGGACGGGAGGAACCCCAGCAUCAAGAAAAGCCUUUUCCCCCUCUUUAGCUCUAAGAAUAGCUUAAAGCACAACUCAGCUGUCAAAGUCCUACCUGUAGUCGCCUCGCCCAUGGUACAACACCAGCCAACCGCGCCCUACCCUGCCUCACCAGUUCCCGGUAAUGGACAAGAACACCUGUCCCUGCAGAGGAGCUCGAAGUCGUCCUCUCACCACGGCAGCCGGCGGAAAAACCGUGAGCGAUCCAGAGACAGAGACCGGGAGCGGGAACAGAGCCGGGACAGAGACAGAGACAGAGAGCGAGAGAGAGAACGGGAGAGAGAAAGAGAGCGAGAAAGGGAGAGAGAGAGGGAAAGAGGGAGGGAGAGAGAGAGAGUGAAUGACUGGCCGCCUGACAAACCAGUGGACUCACACUCUCAGAGUCAACCACUCAAGUCACUCCGCAGGCUCCUUCACCUCUCCCCUUCUUCCUCAAAUCAAGGACAGCCUCCUCCUCCUCCUCCUCCCGACCUGCGCUUCCAAGCCCCGCUCCCCAACCCGCCUCAGCCCUCCUCUAAGACGGGCUACUCCGAGGGUCGAGGGCAUGCCGAGAGCAGGGGCCACUCCGGGGUGAGCAGCUCCUCGCAGGCUAAGAGCCGCAAGCCCAGCUACCCCCUGCCAGGACAGAUCGAGUCCAGCUGGCACGUGUCUGCUCUACAGCGGGCGGAGGGUGCUCAAUUCACCCCCGAGCAGCUGGGCAUCAAACCGGGGCAGAACGGACCCACGUUCACCCGAGCCUCCCGCACCAGGAUGCCAAACCUCAACGACCUGAAGGAGACCGCGCUGUAGACACCACCUCCGACAUCUCUCCAAACCGGAAGCUCCUGCAGACAUCAAGGUUCUGUAGUAAAAGUUUACAUGAAAGUCUAUUUCACCGGAUCGAGUCCUCGUUCAGAAACAUAGUUGUUGACGAUCGUGUCUCAGAAAUCUGCAAAGACUAGACGUCGAAAGGUCAAACACCAGUUACGGUGUUGUUAAAGGGGAAUCAGAGACAGGAAAGGGCGGUCUCGUCUCUGGGGAUGCCAGUACUGUAUCAGUUGUAUGUUAUUCUCUCUCUACUUAACAAGGUUAGAACAUCAGAAUAAGCUGAUCUUUCCUGUCAAGGAGACGUGGCCCACGUGGCCUCUUUGCUGCCAUCUUCUGCUCACAGGACACUACAGCAAAGCAACACAUCAGACAGCCGCCGUCACACCGGUGGCCAAUAAACUCAAACGUUUUUCAAGCUCUGAUAUUUGAUAAGAACAAAAAAAGAAAAAAAAAAGAUUUAUAUCAACAUUAUUUAUUAAAUAUUUAUUUGUUUUAAAUUCAAGGAUAUAAGCUAUAAAUGACACAGUAUGUAGGCUAUAUGGGAAUAUUAUAAGGUAAUAUAGAAUUAAAUGUGUAAUUGCAAGAGCUUUAGUUUCGACACAAAGAAAUGCAUAGAUAUUUAUGUGUUGAUAAUACAAUAUGUCAAAAGGAAUAUUUAAUAAUGGUGAAUGUCUUUUUUUUGUUCAAUUUGAUAUGUUAUUAACAGAUUUUCAUGUUAUAUCACGUUAUUUUUACCCUUUUUUCAGUUUGUUUCAUCAAAAUGUAAAGAAAUAUUGAUGAAUACUUGUUGCCCAAAGUGAAAAAAAACAAAUAUAUAUAUAUAUAUAUCCAGGACAUUACCUACAAAUCUGCGCUUCACCCUCAUGACAUCAGUUUUGAAGUUUUGUGACAAGUCUGGCUUUUUGUCAACAGGGUUUGGUAGCAGAACAGCCAGAGUGAGACUGUUAGGCUCUGUGCUUUGCAAACAGUAAUUGUCAGUUCACUUUAUGUCCCACUUAGUGUCACCAUUUAAAAAAAGACAAGAAAAGAAAAGCCCCAUUUUCAGUCUCAGUUUACUUAUCAGCGACAACAGCUUUCCAGCUCUGUGCUGCCAUGUUGGUUUUUGUCUACAGCCUUAACAGCAAGUAAUGGACAUCAAGACUUUGGCAGCGAUUACUGGUGAAAGCUAGAAAUGAUGUUUGACUAAUGCUUGCUUCACACUACACAACUUUCAAAGAUCUCUCUACCGUUCACACUACACAACUCACUAUGUUGAAGUUGUCGUGGUUCACACACUACAUGACUGACCGGCGGCAGGAGAGGAAUCCCCAAUAAGGACGUCUGGUCACGAAAACAGUAGUCUGAUCUGGAGGUUUUUGGCGAGUGGAAAAUCAGGGCUGAAGUUGUGUAUUGUGAACCUGGAAAACUCUGAUACAACAUCUAAGUGUGCAAGACAGUCAGAGAGCAUUCUGCAAAAAGGCAUACCUCACCUACAACCUUUAAGAUCUGAAAGGUAAAGUCUGGGGGAAGUUAUAUAUUUUCUUAAUGUCAACAAAUCCCAUGGAAAGUCCAAAACCAAAAAUGAAUUGAACCUAAUAAAUGUUGCCUGUAUAUCCAAAACAGGAUAAGUUUGUUCCUCUGUGCUGUAGCAACGAGGGGAAUGGCACAUUUUUGUUUUUAUUUUGUUUAUUAAAUAUAUAUUUUUGGGUCUUUUUACGGCUGUAUUUGAUAAUGGCAGAGAGACAAGGAAAGAGCGAGACGGAGGGGAAGAUAUACACGAAAAGGCUCCAAGGCACAUUGGAACCCAGGCUGGCUGUGACAUUGACCCACCGGGACAUACGUUACUUUUAAAAGUAACUUGUUACUUUAAAGUGUUACUUACUGGGAAGAUUAUCUUAUUUGAGCGAUUUAGUGUGGCAGAAAUUUAAAAAAAAAAACCUUUGCGAUUCCUUGUGCACGUAAGUUAUAUUGUCCAGAGGGCACACAGACUACUGUGCGUUUACCUUUUAGACGUCUGCCAUCGUUGCACAGCCUCGUCUGUUGCACCCCCUAAUCUGUCACUCUGCAGACUAAUAACAGGAUUGGAAACCUUUCACUUUUACGCAGCUAGCAGUACUCUACAAACAGGAACAGUGCGAGUGCGUCAGGGAUUUUCUUCUCUUUUUUUAUGGCAACAAAACAAACAGGGAAAUAUGGUAACAUUGUAACAGAUUGCUUAUUUGUAAACAUAAUUAAAUCACUGAUUACUUGAAUUGAAAAACUAAUGGUUUAUGUUACUCAUUAGCACAAAAAAGCAAUCCAAGUACUCUUUCAACCAACAGUAUCAGUGAGCCACUCAGCUACAGUGUUCAUUCAUUAUGAUGAACAUGUAAUGAACGAGUUUAUUUGAUAGCUUAAAAUAGACCCCAAAAACGCAGUGUUACCUGAUGUGUGAGUAAAAUUUGUUCAAAACUACUGUGACAAGCUGUUUUAGCAAAUUACUUGGCCUCUUCUUUAAAUUUAAUAGCAUAUUAAAGAAAUUUAAUUUUCUCCAGGACAAGUACAAAUGGUCUUAGGGUGGUCAGCCACUGACCGGCCAGUGGGAAGUCAGAAAGUAUUGAGGGAAAAAUGAAGCCCGUGUAAGUCGGGUGCAGAACAGUUUAACGUCACUCAAAUACUUCCCAAUCUUUUUCAUGACACAGCCCACCAAACAGCAUUAACUUGUGUGAUUUGUUGACAGUAAGAAACAUAAAAUCACACCAGACUUACCUUUUAAUGAGUGUUUACAUUUUUCUGUGUGCAUUUUAAAAGCUUCUGUUAUCAAAGUUUUUGUAAAGGCCUUUUGUAAAUCUGAAUUUGGUUUUCCUACUGUUUUCGCGUUACAACUUUUAUUUUUAAUAUUCAUGAUCAGGGAUGAUUUUACUUAACUUGGUUAUUCAUGAAAGCAUUUACCUGUUGUCUACUGACCUGUGGAUGAUGAAAAAAACAAUAUAUAUAUAUGUGUAUAGAACAAAUCACUAUUAGUGGCCUAGGCAAAAAAAAAAAAAAACAGCAUAGUUUUCCUUCCAGUCUAACCUUCGUCCUUUGUUCCUUCCUCUUCCUCUGUGGUCUUUAAAGCUUAAAGUGAAGAAGAAAAGCUUUUAUUUCACACAAGGAGGGAACAGGGGAAAGAAGGAUGGAUGCAUUUGUGCAAAAUUAGCAACAUCUGUGGACUAAAAAGAGAAUUUUGUGUUUUGUUUCUCAU